AUGAAUUCUAACAAUAACGCUAACAAAAGAAAGACGUCGACGCCUCGGAAUGAUAAGAAACUAUUAGUAAAUCAAACAAAUAUCUCUUCCACACUUAAAAUGCCUGAUGAAGUCGCUACUGAAGAAAUUUUUGAAAAAGAGUUCAAUCAUGUAUUGAAUAAUGACUUAGAAAAUGAGGCAGAACAAUGUUCAACCAUAAACAUUACAAAACAAAAUGACAAACCUUUUGGAUCUAAUCAAAUUCAGGAAUUUGAAGAGGAGUACCAAAACCCUGAACUAUCAAGAAUAAGUAAUAUCAACACGAGAUACCAAUUUAAUUCUGAAAACUAUAUUCAAGAACUUCAUAAUGCAUUGAUAAAAGAGAGCAAUUAUAAUUUAUUAAAUUACACUUCGUUAAACGCAACAUUAGAUUCUGAAUCCGUCUCAAGUGUCACUUAUAAAACAUUGCAAGCUGUAAAGGAUCAAAAAAUAUUUUCAGUAUUAGGUUAUUUUCCAAAAAUAACUUUAGAGCUGAAAAACCGUGGUUGGGUAGAAAAACGAGAUCCGAACAGACCUCUAAUAAAUUAUUCGCUUUAUUUAAGAUCAGCAUCAAUGAUUAAUUACGUUGAAUCCCCUCCGAUAAUAACGUCUAUUGAUGAAAAUGAAGCCGUCAUGGAACGUCUAAAAAACGUGCAAUCAUGGAGUAUUCUUAAAGAUAAAAGAUCAGAUUAUAUUUUUGCUACUAAGAAAAAGCUGAUUCACUGGUCCAGUUUAAAUGAAUUGACUUCUGUCAGUCAGAUGAUAAGACACAUUUUUUGUUCCAAAAAUGGUUUGGCACAGUCUUUGGAAUGUUACAAAAAUGUUAAAUCAAAUUUGAUGUUUCCAAGAUGUCAUUAUAUUCGAUCCGAAGAAGACAAGAAUGCAUUUGUGGAUGAUUACAUUAUAACAGCGUUAAUAAGCACACUAAAGAUUAUUGUAAAAGCUAUUGAAAAUAAUAAAAGAAUUUUCACUGAAAAUGGCAAUAUACCAUACAAAAUGAUUGAUUUUGUGAAACGAUGUAUAUCAACAUUUCUGAACACACAAAUAGAUGGUAAUACAAAAAUAGAUUUAUGGAAGUUUAAUGAUAAAAAAGAAGUAUGGAACGAAUUUAUGAUACAUUACACAAAAUUAAUCGUAGAUUGCAACGCAAAAUUUGAUCACGAGUAUACAUAUGAAUUAGAACUAGAUAUUUACGCAAAGUGUAAAUAUUUACUGGAAAACGUAAAAAUAUAUUGUCCUCAACACUAUAUAGACGGAAUAACUAAUACAUGGAUCAUAAAACCCACGUUGAACUGUUCUGGUCACGGUAUUAUGUUAUCUAGGAACUUACAAACGAUAGAACAAAUAAUCACUGAAGCAAAUGAUUUGAAAAAUAAUUAUAUUCUUCAGAAAUAUAUAGAAAGACCUCUUCUGAUUUAUAAAUGUAAAAUUGAUUUGAGACAAUGGUUUUUAGUGACUAAUAUGAAUCCAGUAGUUUUGUGGAUGUAUAAAGAGGGUUACGUCCGUUUUUGUGCGAACAGCUUCUCAAUGGAAAACAUGCACGAAUCUAUCCAUCUCAGUAAUGUUAGACUGCAAAUGAAAUAUCGAAAACUCAGGAAUCUACAAGUACCCGAAGAAUGCAUGUGGGAUUACAGAGAAUUACAAAACUAUUUGAAAAAUAUUGGACAAGAAUACGUAUGGGAUGAAUUAAUAUUUCCCGGGAUGAGCGAGAGUAUUUAUGCUGUAUUACAGGCUGUCAAGGACUCUUCGUUGUACCGUGAUAAAACUUUUCAAUUGUUUGGAGCCGAUUUCUUGAUCACGGAAAACUUUAUUCCAUAUUUAAUCGAGAUCAAUUCUAUUCCUGGAUUGAACCCAUCAACGAGCGUUAUUGCUAAUUUGGCGCCUAUACUUCUCGGUGAUAUCGUGAAAGUGACGGUGGACUAUGAGAAAAACUCAUUCGCCGAUACGGGACUGUUUGUAAAGUUUGUGCCGGAAGAGCAGAAACUAGCCACUAUGGUUAGCCCGUUCAUGGCGUCGAUGGACGUAAUGGAUAGUCUAUUCAACUCAUCGGCGGUUGUGGUGAAUGAUCCAUAUAACUCAUCGGUGGCCGCGCCUAUGGCCUCAAACACAGUACCGUUCACAACCGACUACCACCGCAAAUGGAUGGAAAACGUCAAUAAAAAAUUGGCAUCAAUACGAAUUCGGUUGAUAAAUUUACCUCAAUCAUUCACAGUUACUUGGGCAUCCCAAUCUAAUCCAACUCAAACUUCUAUUAAGUUUCCACUAUUACCGAUAAAUCUGCGUUCAUUAAUUACUGAUAAAAGGAGAGCUAGGAAGCUAUCUGACUUAUCCUCCUCUUUUAACGAUAGUUUAUCACCACUAACCAAAACUGAUAAUUCUAUUGCUAUAACUGAUGAGGACAAGGAUGAGACUUUUCGUCAACACCUAUCGGAAAUAUUUAAGCCUCAUCCCAACAUAAAUAAUUCAGAUUUCACUUCUAAGACGAUCUCAAUCAAUAUUGAGGGAAUAUCAAACAGUAAAGAAGAACUCCUAGACGAGUUGUGUAAGUGUACAGCAUGUGACGUACUAUGUAUUCAGGAGACGCACCGGGCUGCUCAAGACAAAAGACCAACAAUUUCAGGCAUGCAACCCGUAAUCGAAAGACCUCGUGGCAGAUAUAGCAGCGCUAUUUUCGAAGGCGAACGUUUAUUAGAAAAAAUUACAGAGGUAAGAAGGACAAACUGGCACCCACUUCUCAGUAAUGUGGAUAUGAAACACAGCAGUAGUAAAGCGUGGGGACUUAUCAAGAAACUCGACUGCGAUCCGUUGAAAUCUAAAACACGCAUAUCAGCAUUCAGCAGUAACAGCAAAUCAAGUGGCAUAUGA